AUGGGCAGAUCACGACGAGCUGGACGCUCAGUCCAGCUCCGACGGUUAGCGAGAGCGUACUCUACUCCUGGGGUCGAAGACCCCAGGAUUUUCGACAGGCCCGUUGAGCCGCAGAAACCAGCCCUCCCGUUUCAUCCUCCUUCUCCCCCGAACCCUCCGCUAGCCCCCGGGCACUCACACCUCCCACCACCGUACAGGCCUCCGGACCCUUGCCCGGCCAGAACGUGGGCUCCGCGCCCUCCCAUUACCCCCGCGCCUAGGCCUCCAACGGCCAGCCUGGGCAGCGCGCCUCCUGGACCACCGGCGGACGCGACGAGGAGGCCACCGCAGGAACCAAGGUCCCUGCAACCGCGCCUGGCCCCUCGCCAAACUCGGCCCUGCGUCGUGAGGAUUGAGGCCCUCCCCCAGAAGGUCCGGAUCGUCCGACGGCCCAGGACCCAGCUCCGAGCCGCCAAGGACAUGCCCUCACUGGGCUAA